ACGGCUGAUCAGGGUGAAUUAUUCGCACAUCGAAUAGCGCUUUAUAUAUUUCCUUGUAUUUGAGUAUUUGCGCAGUGCAGUGUAAUAUGGGAAAAGAAAGUAUCUGGUUGUUGAUCAUUGGUGUUUCUCUUAUUUCGUGCGAUCCACCCGAGACAUCUACAACAAGUAACAGCACUCAGCGGAGAGCAGACUUCAGAAACAUACAGUCCAAGUUCUCGUUGAGAAACGCAGAGUUUCCAGAUGAGGACCUGUGCUACCUCGUCCCAGGAAUAAAAGAGACUAUAUCAGACUGUGGGUUCAAGCUCGAUUCGCAGACCUUUCUGGUGAUUCAUGGCUGGUCGGUUGCAGGACUAUUUGAAAGCUGGGUCGCUAAGCUGGUGGCUGCUUUAUUUGCACGCGAGCCCAGUGCCAAUGUAAUUGUGGUGGACUGGCUGGACCGUGCCAGCCAUCACUACCCCACCUCAGCUGAGAACACCAGACUAGUGGGUUGGGAAGUGGCACAGUUUAUUAACUGGUUAGAGUUUGAAGGCCAUCCACUUGAGAAGCUACAUGUUUUAGGGUAUAGUCUGGGUGCACACGUGGCAGGCGUGGCAGGAAACCUCACCAACAACAAAAUCCACAGAAUCACAGGAUUUGACCCAGCCGGCCCGACCUUUGAGCACGCAGACAGACCAAAACGGCUCUCCCCAGAUGAUGCGAAGUUCGUCGAUGUCCUGCACACAAACACCAGAGGCAGCCCGGACCUCAGCAUCGGCAUCCAGAGACCUGUGGGUCAUGUGGACAUCUACCCCAAUGGUGGCACCUUCCAGCCUGGCUGUAGCUUGCAGAACACCAUGAGAAUGAUAGCUACAUACGGCUUGUACAACAUGGACCAGCUGGUGAAAUGUUCUCAUGAGCGCUCGGUGCACCUGUUUAUUGACUCGCUGGUGAAUCGGGAUCAGCAGAGCCUGGCUUAUCGCUGCAGCUCAAAAGAAACCUUUUACAAAGGCCUGUGUCUCAGCUGCCGCAAGAACCGCUGCAACAAGCUGGGCUACAACGUCAACAAGGUCCGAUCGGCCAGGAACAGCAGGAUGUUCCUUAGGACACGUGAAAUGAUGCCUUACAAAGUUUUUCAUUACCAGGUUAAGGUACAUCUAUUUAGCCAAUAUCAAUUGACCCUGGAUAACCAGCCUAUGAAAGUGUCUCUGUAUGGAACUCAUGAUGAGCGAGACAACAUCGCAGUAGUUGUGCCAAGUAUGAUCACCAACACCACCAUCUCUUUCCUGGUUACCUCAGAUGUCGAUGUAGGUGAGCUACUGAUGCUCAAGAUCGAGUGGGAGAGUGAUUCAUACCUGCCGAGCUUCUUCAGCACCAAUCAGUUCCUGAUUCGCAAAUUGAGAAUUAAAUCUGGCGAGACACAAACCAGGGUAAUUUUUAAACCGAAGGAUGUGGAAUUUGCAGUCCUAAAUCGGGGAGCUGAUGGUGUCAUCUUUGUAAAAUCUACCGAUCAUCCACAGAGCAGGAAAGAGGAAAGGUUACAUAGGCUUAAAAUGCACGGCAGCUUCUUCAAGCGGAAUGAAACCGAGACGGCGGCCGACUUGAAAAAUCCAGAAAAGCAAACAGGGAACACAAUGACGGGAACCACAAAGACGGCAAUUGCACAGAGUUCCUGAUUUGGUCGCUGCGCUGUGAACUUUAAUACUAUCUACAAUCAAUCUAAAGACUUUUGAGUUACACAGUCAUAAUCUCGAUGAGCAGAGUGAAAAUAAAAUCGGAAGGUGUGUCGUUGUGUAUUAUUGAACAUGAAGUACAGUAUAAGGAACUACUUGAAAGAUUAAGUUUGGCUAUAUUUUGUAAAUAAUGAUAUAACAAUUUUUUGUUGCAUGUCAUAUAAUAUGUUACUUAUUACAACCUAGUGCACUUAUAAAUUCACUAAUGUCUUGUGCUCUUUUUACUUAAUAAGUGUCAUGUGUUCGUUUGUAAACUAAGUAUUUGUUAUUUAAGAUGUUAGAGCUGUGAUCUAAUGCUUCGUCCGAGCUGCCUCUGCUUAACAUUCCGAUCAGGAAUUCGAAACUGACCACUUUUAUUCAAAGUACAGAUUAGUCGAGUUCCUUUAAGAUUGUGCAUUUGUUUUGCAUUUAAAUGUUUAAUGUAUAGUAUUUUGUGUGUUUAUAAUUUUUUAAUUAUAUUCUGUAAUAUAUAUAUAUAUAUAUAUAUGCUCCAACCAAAUGCUGUGGAUGAUUAUUUUUUUAUUAACUUUUGUCCAUUUUUUUUUCUUGCUUUCAACAUAUCAAGUUUAGGAAUUGACUGUCUUAUAUCCCACCCAUUGACAGGUGGUAAUGUUAUUCACUUCACCUGUCGAUGGCUUUAAUGUUAUGGGUGAUAGAGGUACUGUAGAUAUUUAACUCUCUGUCUACCAGUUAAAAAGAGUAAAUGAACCCUGUGAACAUUGAGAGAGAUUUUGUGAACAAUUAA